UAGAAACGAAUGCAAUCACUGCAGACAGAUAGUACACCAGUGUCCCCUGUGGUGAAAGUAACACAUCACCACAGCCCGCUGAGUCAACAUCACCCUCUCCUUUCCUCUGUCUGCUCAUAAUAACCGAGUAAAGGUUAUUUUGACUGCAGGACGGAAACAAUGUUGAGGACCCACCCACCUCCGGGCUACUCUCUCUGCUUCCCUCUGCCUGCCUCUUCCUGGAUCUGAAGUACUCGACUUACAAGUUCUAAUAAAAAAUGAGCUACCCAGGAUACCCUCCACAGUCGGGCGGAUACCCACCCCAGGCAGGGGGCUACCCCCCUCAACCCGGUGCAUAUCCACCCCAGGCAGGAGGCUACCCUCCAGCAGGCGGCGGAUACCCACCAGCAGCCGGCGGCUACCCUCCAGCAGCGGGCGGCUACCCCCCACAGGCAGGCGGAUACCCCCCACAGGCCGGAGGUUACCCACCCCAGGCUGGUGGGUUCCCUCCUGCAGCUGGCGGUUACCCACCAGCAGCAGGGGGCUUCCCUCCCCAGGCGGGUGGCUACCCUGCACAACCUGGAGGCUUCCCUCCUCAGGCAGGAGGAUACCCAGCACAGUCUGGAGCAGGAGGAUACCCAGCACAGUCUGGAGCAGGAGGAUACCCAGCACAGUCUGGAGCAGGUGGAUAUCCCUCCCAGCAGCCAGCAGCUGGAGGCUGGGGUGCAGCACCAGGCGGCUACGGAGCGCCAGGAGGGGCUCAGCAGGGAUACCCUGGGGGCCCCGCUCCAGGCCAGCCCAUGCCAAGCUACCCCGGAGCCCCCGCCACUAAUCCCUCCAUGCCUGGAUAUGGAAGCGGAGUGCCAUCCCACCCUCAGGCACCUGCUAUUCCUAAAGGUUUCAGAGGAACAAUUAAAGAUUUCCCAGGGGCUGAUCCACUGAGAGAUGUUGAAGUUCUUCGGAAAGCCAUGAAGGGUUUUGGCACUGAUGAAAGUGCCAUUAUCGAACUCCUUGGAAGUCGCAGCAACAAGCAGAGGGUUCCAAUGGUAGCAGGCUACAAAACAACCUAUGGAAAGGAUUUAGUCCACGAUCUGAAGUCAGAGCUGACUGGAAACUUUGAGAAGCUGGUUCUCGCGAUGAUGAUGAGCCCCUCACACUUUGAUGCCUCUGAGCUCAGAGAGGCUAUAAAGGGUGCAGGAACUGAUGAAGCAUGUCUGAUUGAGAUUCUUUCAUCCCGCUCGAAUGCUGAGAUUCUUGAAAUCAACAGAAUCUACAAAUCUGAAUACGGGAAGACACUGGAGGACGCGAUCACCAGCGACACCUCCGGUCACUUCCGCAGACUCCUCGUCUCUCUCAGUCAGGGAAACCGUGACGAAAGGGAGACCGUAGACAUCGCCCUAGCCAAACAGGACGCUCAGAAACUGUAUGCAGCCGGGGAGAACAAAGUGGGGACUGAUGAGUCUCAGUUUAAUGCUAUCCUGUGUGCUCGCAGCAAGCCUCACCUCAGAGCAGUCUUCCAGGAGUACCAGCAGAUGUGCGGCAGAGACAUUGAGAAGAGCAUCUGCAGGGAAAUGUCUGGAAAUGUGGAGUCUGGCAUGGUGGCUGUGGUGAAAUGCAUCAGGAACACCCCUGCCUACUUUGCGGAAAGGCUCCACAAAGCCAUGCAGGGAGCGGGGACCAAGGACACAACCCUUAUCCGGAUUAUGGUGUCCCGCUCUGAGAGAGACAUGUUGGACAUCAGACAGGCGUAUGUGCAGACUUAUGGGAAAUCACUGUACACUCACAUCUCAGGUGAUACCUCCGGGGAUUACAAGAAGCUGCUACUGAAGCUGUGCGGAGGUAGCGACUAAAACAAAACAACAAGGGAAGCCAACACUUCAUCAGGACACCAUGUACGUCCACACUGAAACAAAGUUAUAGGACCCUAUAUCACCUGUGAUGCAUGCUGUUUAACAUCAGACUGUCAAUCAUUAUAAUCACUUUUGUAUUCUCUUCAGUGACUUGUGAUUUUUUUUGUUUGUUUGUUUGUUGCUACUGUAUGAUAAUAGAUGAUUGCCAAAUAGUAAAUAUAUACAUCAAUAUUUUUUGAAGACACAGUAGGUAGCUUUAACAGUAGUGGGUAAAUGUUGAGAAAGUAGUGGGUGUUAUGUGUAAUGACAUUAACUAUGCUAGAUGCUAAAUGCUAGAUGCUAAAAACAACAACAAAGUGCUUCACUUUAAAGAAUGAAAAAUAUUAAGAGCUCACAACGUUAUAGGAAAAACAGACAUGAAGAAAAAGAAGGGUCUAAUUUAUAAAACUUAAAAAGUACUUUUAAUAAGGAAACAACUUUAUACAUGCAGUGUUUCUUUCUUCUUUCUUAGGGAAUUAUAACCUCCUAGCCAAACAUUUCAAACAUGUAAGUGUUAAUAAUAAUAUAUGCAGAGUUUUGUAAAUGUAAUACACAAGUUUAAACUACAUUUGACUGAAGCAGAACAGAUACUAUAAUUUUUUGCUUGUAUGUCACACUCAAAUCUAACAUUUUGGAUACACCAAACUAAAUCUUUAUGACAUUAACGCCUGUAUGCAAGUCUAUGCAAAUUUUUCCUCAUGCCAGCUUGACAAAACUUCUGCUCCUGAAUCUUGUUGCCUUUUAGUCCUGUAUGCUCCAAAGCCAAAGCGUGAAGAUGUAUCAUACUGUGCCUUUUUUUGUCAGGGUUGCUGUAAUGUUUUCACUGUGGUUUAUCUCACAAACAAUCAGCAAUCAUCCUCGUAAAGGAUGCAGUCAUGAAAUAUCUCCUUCUCUUUUGUGUUUACAUUUCCUCCAUUGUGUGGAAACAUGCCUGUUUGUGCAUGUUGCUGCCAGCAGAGGGCUCUUUGCUCACAUGAAGUAUCAUCUCUGAUGUCUGUGUGGUCGUUUAUUUUCUGCUGACUUUAAAAAGUUUAAAUUCGAAGUGAUUAUCUCUUGCACUAACUCUUCUUCGCAGUCAUCCUUGUAACAUAACAGAGGUUGUAAUCAAAUGGACGCCUCUUUGUAGUUGAUGCCAUGUGACAGUCCAUGAGACUAACAAACAGCCAUUCCUCAUUUCAAUAAAAAAAAAUUGGCAUAUC